AUGCAGAUGAAGAUGGUGGUUGUUGACGACGGCGAGUGCAAGGAAGCUCACGGUGGACUGGCGGUUCCCACGUAUAACUUGACCUUGGACUUCAACAACGCGCAGCGCGACGUUCAUGCUGCUCAGAUGCCUCUGUGCUCGCCGCUGCUGGCAAAUAUUACUAGAUUAUGUCUCAUAACGUUGCUCAUCUGGGCAUGUCUCCUCGAACUAGCAUGCGCGGCUACACAAGAUACGAACGGACAGGACUCUCCAACGCUAUCGCAGAAGAAGAAUGAGACCCAUAACGGCCUGUUGUGUACGCCCUUUGGUGCCUGCGAACCCUGUCCAAAAGACGCGAUACACCAACCCUUCUGCCAACCAUUUGGAAACCGACGUCUCAUGCAUUGCGUCAACAGUACGCUUUCUCCAGCGUCAGCUUUCGACUCCGACUCCGACACCAACCAUCCACCAAGUCCACCACCUUCGCACACCUCUUCCUCCCACCCAGAAGGCGAAAUUCUCGCCUGGGAGUCCUGCGGACGAAUCGUGUCGAAAGAGACGGCAGAUUUCUAUGAGUUUGUCGCAGCAAACGCCGGCUUCGCGUUGAUUGCGUUGGGCAUAGUGUUCUUCCGUUCGCGGAGGAUGCAGGUGAUGCAUGCGCGCCAGCUGGCGGCAAGGAUUGGGUUGAUAAGAGAUGACGUGCUCGGGGCUGCAAGGAGAGGGGUUGGGAGAUGA